AAACGCAAAACCCAAAGCAAUUAGUACAAAAAAAAAUUGGAUUCUGGGUAUUGAUCCACCAAGUUUAUGUGUGUGUUUCAAUCAAAAAAAAAAAAAAUUUAUCUGUUUGUCUUCUUAGAAAAUCAGAAUAGACCAUGUCUUAUCAACUUGAAAAUGAAAACCCAAGAGAUUCAUCCUUCACUAAUCAACUUUCGUUGCAUUGAUGUUUACAUUAAUCAAUCCUUUACUGGGCUAGAAAUCGCCUUUGGCCUAGCAAUGGAACCCCAAAAGAUUCCAUAACACAAUGUCGUCUAGAAGACUAGAACACAUACCCUCUCUUUUUGUAAUGAUCACAAGCCUUUUUAUAGUGUCAUCAAACCAAUAUAUAGUUUUCGAAUACCGUCAUCAAAAUCAUUCUGCCGUUCUAUAGUAAUCAAAGCAAUAGAAAUCAGCAAACAAUCGAAUAACACACAUAUGUCAGUUAAGAAAAGGGCGUAUUUGACAUUUAAAAAAUGCAAUGUAGUACAAUCCAAUAUGAGCAUGAACCCAAAGACACUUAGCAGGCACUCUCAAACAAAAGAGAUUGUACAACUUGUAGUUCAAAGGAACCAGUUACAAGAGCUUGGGAAGAUGUGUAUUUAUAUCUAGCUGACCACCGCAUAUAUACUUAACAACUAAUUAAAAUUACAAACAUGAAUUAACAGUAUAACCUAUGUACACAAAACAACACAUAAUUAACAUUGAUGCAAUGAACUGCAGUCAAGUUCCAAAACUUUCCUACAACAAGACACAACCCAAGUAUGAAAAUAUGUCCACAGAAACUACAUACUCCUUUUAGACGUGUCACUAUAUAUCUACAACUAUGCUCUCCGGCAAUACGGGCAGUCUCCUCGUAUUCGAACCCAGGGUCCCAAACAGGUAGCUUGGAAUCUAUGUGCACAGGGCAAGCAUAUAAGCUCUUCCUCAUCCAUAAAACUCUCCAGGCACAUACUACAAUCUCGUGAUGCUCUUGAUACCAACCCUUCAACACCCAAUUCUGUGUUGCCGAAAAGCUCAAACACUCGAGGCAUCAAGAACCUCUUGAGUAAGACCUGGAGGCUUCUUGUUUGCUUCUUGCAAGAGAUGCAUGCUUUCAAUUAGGGAACAAAAGUCGCUGGACGGGGAACCACUUGCUGACCGACCUGGCCAGGUGUCAGUACUCCAAUCCCUUUCAUCAACAGGAGCCAAAUCAUCACCAAUAUUCCUUGUUUUCUUAGGAACUGUUUUCCGGUAGUUUUGGUCUCCUAAUCCCACUAAACAACGAAUUUUCUAGUAGUUUUGGUCUCCAAUCCCACUAAACAACGAAUUUGCUAGUAGUUUUGGUCUCCAACUAAACAAUGGAUUUCCUAAUCCUACAAUGAGAUACACACACAUACACAGUAUCUAUCUAGAGCGAGGCCUCGCUCUGAAAUUAAAGUGCGAGGUUAGAGUUUAGGGUCACUUUUCAAUCGCAUAUACACAUCUUGACCAUUCGGUUUGUAGGUACAUCUCUGCAAAAUUUCAGCCAAAUUAAUUGUCGUUAAGUGCCUUCAAGCUAGUACGAUUCAAGUUUGACAGAUUUAGUUCGUCCAUUGGUUUAAGUGAGUUAGAUAUCUUAAAGAUCAUCAAUUUGGCUGAAAUUUUGCAGAGAUGAUCUAUACAUUAGUACCUAAAAACUGAACGGUCGAGAUGUGGAUAUGAGACCGAAAAGUGACCUAAACUCCAACCUCACACGUUAAUUUCAGAGUGAGGUCUCACACGUUAAUUUUAGGUACUAACACAAGGCUAUAAAUAAGUCAGUCAGUGGACAAGUUUCACAUUCAUGUUCUUGUGUUUGAUCAGUUUUCUCUAUUCUCUUGCCUAAUUUUUUGGAUUUCUUUCAUUCAAGUUCAGUAGUGAAACCAAUUCAUCAGACACCACCAAUUUCAAAAUGGCCAAGUACCCUUCAGCUAGUAUUCUGUUUCUUGUGGCUCUAGUUUGUGUUUCAGGAGUUGCACAAACCAUCGGUCUUGAUAUUCACAAUAAUAUUUGCAAAUCUCUGGUGAAGACACGAGGUUAUAUUUGCCAAGAACAUCAUGUAACAACUGAAGAUGGUUACAUUCUCAGGUUGCUAAGAAUUCCAUAUGGACGGUUUGGUAGCAAAUCGACCACGGAUCAGAAGCCGCCUGUUUUAUUACAACAUGGGCUUCUAACGGAUGCAGCAUCAUGGCUACUUAAUCCACCGAAUCAGGCUUUGGCGUUCAUCUUAGCUGACAAAGGAUUUGAUGUAUGGCUUGCUAAUGCUCGAGGAACGGACUCCAGUCGUGGACACAAAUCACUUAGUACUAAUGAUCCUGCUUAUUGGGACUGGACAUGGGAACAGUUGGCUGCUUAUGAUCUUCCUGCUUUGGUCAAUUAUGUGAACAACCAAACCGGAGAGAAGUCACACUAUGUUGGCCAUUCCUUAGGCACGUUGACAGUACUAGCUGCCUUGUCCCAACAAAAGCUGAGAAACUCAAUAAGAUCAGCUGCUUUGCUUAGCCCGAUUGCUCAUCUGGGUCAGAUAUCCACAUCGCUUGUAAGAGUUGCUACUCUAACAUUUUUGCCUGAGCAAUUCUACAUCUUUGGUCUCCGGGAAUUUCCUCCGCUAGGGCGAUUAGAACAAACUUUGCAAACCAUUGUUUGUAUACAUCCGGGCGUGGACUGCUCCUACAUUUUGACUGCUAUAACAGGUCCAAAUUGUUGUGUAAGUCCUUCAAGUUUAGAUCUUUACUAUGAACAUACACCACAAUCCACUGCCACAAAGAAUAUUGUACAUUUGUCUCAGAUGAUCAGAAGUGGAACCAUAAGAAUGUUCGAUUACACUCUUCCACACACAAAUAUGCAGCACUACAAUCAGUUUAGUCCUCCGGUGUACAACAUGGCAAACAUUCCGAAAGACAUUCCUCUUUUCCUCAGCUAUGGAGGGAGAGAUGCACUUUCAGACGUCAACGAUGUGAAAGCUUUGCUUUAUGACCUCAAAGAUCAUGACAAAGACAAGCUUGUGGAACAAUACGUAGAGGAAUAUGCUCAUUUGGAUUUCAUUAUGGGUUGGAAUGCCAAUAGAAAAGUAUAUGAUCCUCUGAUCACUUUCUUUGGGCAACAUUGAGAGUCUUGGCUUCCUAAUUUGUAGUCUCUAGAUCUUUCUUUUGUCUUGCAUUUAUCAAUUUCUAAAUGUUGUUUUCCCGUUAGUAGUUGUAGUAGCUAGAUAUUCGUCUUUUCAUAAUAGUUUUCUCAUUGUGUAACUUUGAUUUGUUGGGAAUUAAGUAUUGUACCCAAAAAAAAAAAAACACAGUGCAAUUUUGUCAGUUUACUGUUCUGAAAUUUUGCCACAUAUAGGUUCAAAUUUUCAUCAGGAUUCUGAUUACAGUGACUUAGGAUUGAAGGAGAAGACAAAAAGCCGUUGAUUAUACAGACUACUACUAAAGAAGAGGCAAAAUUUGCAGAUGAGGAGAAAUCUAGGUCUUACUGGAGUGAGAUCCGAGUUUUAACUGGCGUCAAUGUUACUAAGUUUUACUAACAGUAUGUUUUAAAAGAAGUGACUAACGAUCUAGAUUCAGUGCGGUAUUUCUCAUCCCAAUGCCGAAGCUGUCCAGAGUUCAAUCCCUCCCCAUGAUCAUAGAGAACAAAAGGUUGUCAUAUGAUACA